UCCUUCCUUCCCCCUUUCCCUCCUUCCAACCCAGCUGGGCCAGCAGCAGCUAUUUAAAUCUGGGCUCUUGCUCUGGCCGGACAGAGUGUCCCUGGGUCCAGCAGCAAGGAGAGAGAAAGCCGAACAGCCACCAUGAGGUCCUUUGCCCUGUUUUUUGCAGCCGUGCUACUGACUGGCUCCUGGGCCAACCCGCUUGUCCAAGAGGAGGCGAAAACCAAAUGGGAGGAAACCGUAGAGUCCUUUUGGGACUAUGUCUCCCAAGUGGGAAACGCGGCCGACGACGUCACGGCUCAGAUCAAGAGCUCGCAGAUUAGCAAAGAACUGGACGGCCUCAUCACGGACACCAUGGCGGAGCUGGACCUCUACACGGAGGACCUUCGCUCCAAGUUUGGCCCGUACGCACAGGACGCCCAGCAGCGCCUGACCAGCGAGGUGUCGGCCUUGUCGGAGAAGCUGCGCUCGGACAUGGAGGAGACCAAGGGCAAGAUCGUGCAGUACACCAGCGACGCCCGGCUGAUGCUGGACCACAACCUGGAGGUGGUGCGCUCCCAGCUGGGGCUCUUCCUGCGCAAGCUGAAGAAGCGCCUGGCCAAGGACACGGAGGAGCUGCGCCGCAAGAUGGCCGAGUACGCCCGGGAGGUGCGCGCCAGCACCGACGAGAAGGUGGACGCCGUGCGCCAGGGACUGGAGCCCUACCUUUCCAACAUCCGGGAGCGCGGGCAGCAGCGACUGCAGGCUCUGGGCCAGGCCGUGGGCGAGCAAGGCAAGAUGGUGCACCAGCAGCUCAGCGGGCGCGCACUCGAGCUCCACGACCAGUUGCGCCAGAAAGCCCAGGAGGUCCAAGGCUCCUUUGACCAGGCCGCCCAAGCCCUCCAGCAGUGGUUCGCCCCCUUCCUGGAGGACGUCUCCUCCCAGUUCCAGGCCCUGGUCGAGAAGGUCAAGGCCCUCCAGGCCUGAACACAGGUGCGCAGUCAUGCGCAAGUCAUGCGCAGGUCAUGCGCAAGUCAUGCGCCAGCAUGCACAUAGGAAGCAAAGGCCUGGCCCUCCCGGGACUCUUUGGCACUAACCCAGUCAUGGGCAAACUUGGGCCCUCCAGGUGUUUUGGACUUCAACUCCCAUCAUUCCUAACAGCCUACCGGCUGUUAGGAAUGAUGGGAGUUGGAGUCCAAAACACCUGGAGGGCCCAAGUUUGCCCCUGCCUGCACUAACCUCACACUCACCCACUCUCUCCUCCUGCCUGGCACCCUUCUCACAUGUAAACCCACAACAGCAGACUCUCAGUUAACCGGAGCUCUCAGUUAACCGGAAUUAUCACUUCACUGGGACUCUCAGUUAGCCAGAACACUCUCAGUUAGCCAGAACCCCCUUGGACAACCAGAAAGCUUAGUUAAUCAGAAGUCUUGCCUAACCAGGACUGCCAGUAAACCGGGACUCUCAGUUAACCAGAAUUCUCAGUUAGCCAGAGCUCUCAUUUAACUGGGACUCUCAGUUAACCAGAGCAGUAUGGUAAUCCACACACUUUUAGUUGGCCAGAAUUCUCUUGGGUAACCUGAAAUCUCAGUUAACUAGAACUGCCAGUGAACCAGGACUCUCAGUUAACCAGAAUUCGCAGUUAGCCAGAGCUCUCAUUUAACUGGGACUCUCAGUUAACCAGAAUUCUCAGUUAACCAGAGCUCUCAUUUAACUGGGACUCUCAGUUAAGCAGAACAGUAUGGUAAUCCGUACACUUUCAGUUGGCCAGAAUUCUCUUGGGUAACUAGAAAUCUCAGCUAACCAGAAUUCUCAGUUAGCCAGAACUCUCUUGGGUAACCUGAAAUCUCAGUUAAUCAGAACUCUCUUGGGUAACCUGAAAUCUUAGUAACCAGAACUGGCAGUGAACCAGGACUCUCAGUUAACCAGAACAUGCUGGUAGCCAGAAAUCUCAGUUAACCAGAAGUCUCUGUUAACCAGAACUGCCAAUAAAACAGGACUCUCAGUUAACCAGAAUUCUCAGUUAGCCAGAGCUCCGUUAACUGGGACUCUCAGUUAACCAGAACAUGCUGGUAACCAGAAGACUUUCAGUUAGCCAGAACUCUCUUGGGUAAUCAGAAAUCUCAGUUAACCAAAAAUCUCAGUUAACCAGAACUGCCAGUAAAACAGGACUCUCAGUUAACCAGAAUUCUCAGUUAGCCAGAACUCCAUUAACUGGGACUCUUAGUUAACCAGAACACUCUGGUCACGAGAACACUUUCAGUUAGCCAGAACUGUCUUGGGUAACCAGAAAUCUCAGUUAACCAGAGCUCCCAGUUAACCAGAAUUCUCAGUUAGACAGAACUCUCUAACCAGAAAUCUUAGUUAAUCACAACUGUCAAUAUUAUAUUCAGUAAUCCAGAACUCUCAGUUAUCCAGAGCUCUCAGUUAACUGGGACUCUCAGUUAACUUAGACUUUCAGUUAAACAGAACCCUCUCUGGUAACCAGAAGUCUCAGUUAAGCAGAACAUUUUGUUAAUUGGAAUUCUCAGUUUAACCAGAACACUCUCGGUUAACUAGAACGCUCUCUGGUAACUAGAAGUCUCAGUUAACUGGAACUCUCAGUUAAUCUGGACCGCCAGUUAAUCAGAACUCUCAGUUAACUGGGAUUCUCAAUUAACCAGAACUCCCUGAUAACCAGAAGUCUCAGUUAACUGGAGCUCUCAAUUAACCAGAGUUCUCAGUUAACUUGGACUCCCAGUUAACCAGGGCUCCCUCUGGUAACCAGAAUUCUCAGUUAACCAGAACUGCCAGUUAAGUGGAACUCUCAGUUAACCAGAGCUCCCAGUUAACCGGAGUUCUGAGUUCACCAGCAAAAGCCAAGACCUGCUUCAAUGCUCCAUGCCAAGUACUAACUACUAACACAACACCGUAGACUCUCAGUUAACCGGAACUCUCAAGCAACUGGCAACAAAAUAAUAAUUGAAGAAAUAAUAAUAAUAAUACCACAAAUAAAAAGCAAAAUACAGUCUGUGGUUAGUAAUAUUGUCGACUCUCAGUUAACCGGAACUCUCAAGGAACGAGUGGGGAAAAAACAGUCAAAGACAUCAUACUUUCAAUGCCGGUUAAGUGAGAGUCUACCGUUUCCCCACGUCUUCUCCUUGGCCAAAGUGCGGCCAUUUUGGCGAAUUAGUCUCCUGCGCAUUCCUCUUUUUGGUCCUUGUUUGUAACCUUCGUGCAAGAUCUCUCUUUUAACACCUUGUGCAAACCUUGCAUCGCCCCGCCCGCUCCUCUUCCUUUGUUUUGGAUCUGUAACAAUAAAAUAUACUUUGGUUUCUA